UCUGAAUCACCCUGUAGAACAAUUUUAAGGUGUGAAGAUUUCAUUUUCUAUAUGUAGCAGCUUUCAUUAACGUAUUCAACCUGGUAGUAGGUAGUUAUUUGUACAAGGCUGUACAUUCGGCAACGCUGUAGCGUAGGUUAUGUUUACGGAUGUUGACAAAAAAAAAACAUUAAGGUGACUAUCCGUCACAUGGCAUGUUUUUGAGCUUCAACUGUUUAAAGUCCCCAGCAUUAUUCCACAUUUUCACAGUUACUAUUUGCUUUGUAAAAAUGAGUAUGAAAACAUUUUCUGGGCCUGAAGAGCCGGGCACCGAUAUCGAGUUAGAAAUAGAGGGAAAAUCAAUUAUCUGCAAAAAAGAACUUCUGAUUGCAAACAGUGACUACUUCAAAGCAAUGUUUGAGGGAAAUUUCAUAGAGAAAAAUAAAUCUAAGGUAUCCAUAGAGGGAGUUAAUAUUGAGGCAAUGGAUAUAAUAUUAACAAUACUAUGGGAUGAACAUGAUGUUGUUCUUGAGGAAGGACAUACCUUAGCAGUUGUCCAGGCUGCUAGUAUGUUACAAUUUGAAAAAAUUAAAACCUUUUGUAUCAGGAGAUUGAUGGAACUAUUGUGUCCUCAGAAUAGUAUCAGAAUCUGGAUAGUAACAGAACAGUUGGGGAUAAAGCCCUUACAUUUGAAAGCAAAGUUUUUAGCUUUGAGUGAAUUUAUGAUAUUGAAGAACACUGAAGAAUCUGAAGGCAUUUAUGAAUUAACAUUUCAAGAAGUUUGUAAUUAUUUAGGUCAUAUAAACUUGAAAACUGACAAUGAACUGUCUGUCUUUCAAACUGCAAUGAGAUGGUGGUAUGAAAAUAGUAAACAGAUUCCAGACACAGUAUCAAACCCAUUGCUGAAAAUAUUGCACUGCAUAAGCUUUUCAACCAUGUCUGCACAUGAGCUAAAGGAAGCUAUGACAUACCCAGAUAUUAAAAAUGACAAGGAAAUCUUGGAAAUUAUGUCUUGUAUGGAACAUAUGAAAACCAAUAAAUCUGCUGAAAUGUUUACAGAAAAUAGUCAUAAAGUAGCCAAAAAAUUGAUAUCAUGUAGGUCAAGGGAGGUAGCAAAGAUACUUUGUAUUCUGGUGACACCUGCUAGUGAGACUUCUAGUAAUGAUCAUGAAGUUGUUUAUUAUGACGACUACAAGCGUAAAUGGUUCCAUGAAAAAUUGGGAGAUAACAAAGAUAAAGCUAUUGUACUGAUGUAUGAUGCCCCAUCAAAAAAGUUCAAAAAAUUCUUCAACAUAGACCAAUACAAAUGCAAGAAUUUAGAGGGUUUCAAGCUCCAAAGCUAUAAAGAGUUCGUAUUUAUGUAUGGAGGGGAGUUCCUGAUUGGCAGAGGCAAGUGGAACCAGAAUUUUUGGGUGUAUGACACUUUGAGAGAUAGGUGGGAAAGAAAGACUGUGAUGCCCCAUCCUAGAAGACACUUUCAGACUUGUGUGGUUGGAAGCAAGGUGUUUAUUGCUGGAGGUACUGGUACAUUCAGGGUAACUCAGGACAGCCUAUUCUGGUAUGACUUCAAACUAGACAGAUGGUGUGAAUAUGUUAGGCAUUUACUCUUUCGUGAUAAGCAGUUUAAAUGCUGCUGUUUCCUAGACCAAUUUUUUGUGAUUAGCAUUAAUGAGCAGUGUGGUUAUUUCCUAAAAGACGAUGUUGAUACCUAUUCAUGGACCAGAGUAGAAGCAAUAAUAGACAGGACGAUUCUGAGCAACCAGUCAGAAUUUGCCGUUUUUUCUUAUAGAGAUAGAUUGUUCAUUAAAGGUAAAAAUCUAAUAGAAAUGAAGAUAGAAGACAAUGUUUUAGUAGUGAUCUCCAUAAGGCAUGUAACUGAUAUUGACUGUGAUAAAAUAGACAUUGACCUGUGCAAUAACAUCGUUUAUACGUUAUACAAACACAGGUUUGAGGAACACGAUGUGUGCUCUUUAGAAUCGUACAAUUUAGAUACUCAGGAAUGUAGCUUUAUUUUCGAAAAUCUCAAGGAAGCCGACUCUUUAGAGGCAGACAAGGAACAGUUUAGGAUAAAAGCAAUUACUGCUUCCAUGAGCCCUUUUGCUUUUGAGCAUUACUCCUUACUUGACCAUUAUAUCUCAGUAAAUGAAUUUGAGUUUUGAGUAAACAAUAGUAACGGAAGAGAACACGCUGGCUCUAGGGUUGCCAUUUGCAAUCACGAUUAAAAUGGUCUUAUAAUCUACUUUGAUGGUAACACCAUGUAUAGCCGUUUGUCCAUAUAAGAUGAAAGUUAAAGUUUUAAUUGAGAAAAUUAAUUUUUUUAAUUGUUUCAUUUUUACACCAUUGUCAAUCACCUUAUAAUGCUUAGGCGUUUUUUAAACCUGUAAUGUAUUUGUACCACCUUUUUUUAAUUAAUUUAAUAAAUGUUUUCAUAC